UUUGGCUUAGCUGCAGUUAGGAAUGCUUGGUACGAUCCUAAACAAGUUGAUGAUCAUGUCUUGCAAGGCUAUACAAAGCCUCUCAGAGCAAAAGAUUGGGAUAAGGCUCUGGUGGAGUAUACCGUGGCUAUGCUUACAGAUUCUGCAUCUGAAUCAAAGCUGCCGCUGUCAAAGAAACUGGGCGAAAUCUCAUGUCCUGUUCUGAUUGUCACUGGUGAUAGCGAUCGGCUUGUUCCACCAUGGAACUCUGAAAGACUUUCACGGGCCAUUCCUGGAUCUUGUCUUGAAAUAAUCAAGAAUUGUGGCCACUUGCCCCAUGAAGAAAAGGUGGACAAAUUUGUAUCCAUUGUUGACAGAUUCCUUGAAAGAGUUUUUGGGGUGCAAAAAGAGCCUCGUCUGCAACCAGCAACUUGAGAUUGAUAUUUUGUCUAGUUCAACUUGGCCAGGAUUGACACCUAUUGGUGACUGGUGAACAUUAAGUUUGAGAGAAGAGUUACCUACUCAAGUUCAUAUAUAGGAUUUAUAGGAAAACGUUAUAGCUCUUUGUCAAUGUUAUCAAUCUUAUAAAUACCUAUCAUUUCAUCCUAUAUGAAAGGUAGGUAGCUGCUAGUUUGUGCAAGUAAACAUCUAUUUCUUUGAUCACCCUUGAGACUAUGACAAAGUUCUAUGAUGUAAUACAAUACAUGUAUAUUGAGACUUGUAAAAUUGUACUUCAGUUUAUUCCA